AUUCUUGGUAUCACCGAGGCCUUCAAGGCUGACAGCCACCCCGAGAAGAUCAACCUCGGUGUCGGCGCAUACCGUGAUGACAAGGGCAAGCCCUACGUCCUUCCCUCAGUAAAGGAGGCCGAGCAAAGAGUCGUCAAGAAGAACCUCGACAAGGAAUACGCUGGCAUUACCGGUGUGCCCGACUUCACCAAGGCCGCCGCUAUCCUCGCAUACGGUGCCGACUCCGCACCUCUCAGCGAGGGCAGAGUCGUCAUCACCCAGUCCAUCUCCGGUACUGGUGCCCUUAGAAUCGGUGGUGCAUUCCUCGAGCGCUUCUACCCCGGCGACAAGACCAUCUACAUCCCCAACCCCAGUUGGGCGAACCACAAUGCCGUCUUCAAGGACUCAGGUCUCAAGGUCGAGAAGUACCGCUACUACAACAAGGACACCAUCGGCCUCGACUUCGAUGGUAUGGUUGAGGACAUCAAGAACAUGCCCAAGGGCAGCAUUGUCCUCCUCCACGCUUGCGCACACAACCCCACUGGUGUCGAUCCUACCGAGGACCAAUGGCGCGCACUGAGCGAUGUCGUCAAGGAGAACGGCCACUACCCCUUCUUCGACAUGGCCUACCAAGGUUUCGCCAGUGGUGACACUGACAAGGAUGCCUUCCCCAUCCGCCACUUCAUCAAGGAGGGUCACAACAUCUCUCUCUGCCAGAGUUUCGCCAAGAACAUGGGUCUCUACGGUGAGCGUGUUGGUGCCUUCUCCAUCGUUUGCGCCGAUGCCGACGAGAAGAAGCGUGUCGACUCUCAGAUCAAGAUCUUGGUCCGCCCUCUCUACUCCAACCCCCCCGUUCACGGUGCCCGUGUCGCUUCCACCAUCCUCAACGACCCCGAACUCAACAAGCAAUGGUUGGGCGAAGUUAAGGGUAUGGCUGACCGUAUCAUCACCAUGCGUGCUCUUCUCAAGGAGAACCUCGAGAAGCUCGGCAGCAAGCACGACUGGAGCCACAUCACUAGCCAAAUCGGCAUGUUCGCCUACACUGGUCUCAAGCCUGAGCAGAUGGACACCUUGGCCAAGGAGCACAGUGUUUACGCCACAAAGGACGGCAGAAUCUCCGUCGCCGGCAUCACUUCCGCCAACGUCAAGCGUCUUGCCGAGUCCAUCUACAAGGUUACCGGUUAG